CGUUGCAGAUCAACUUCUAAAGAGACACCAGCAUGCUCCUGUCACUCUUCUUGUUGGGUCUGGCUCUGGGUGCCGUGUGUCCUUCUGAAGAGCCUCCACUUCAACUCCAGCGAGGCCAGUGUCCCAUGUUCUGGUUCACCUUCAACGGCCGCUGCUACAAGUACUUUGCCACACGUAUGAACUGGGCCGAUGCAGAGCUCCAUUGUGUGUCACUUGAUGCCAACCUGGUGUCAAUCCACAGUCAAGAAGAACAGAUGUUUGUCACAACCCUGAUCAAGAACUUUGACCCUGCUGAAUGACGCACCUGGAUUGGACUGAGUGACAUUCACAAAAAAGGCAGAUGGAUGUGGUCUGAUGGAUCGAGAGUCGACAUUACCGUUUGGAGCCAAGGAGAGCCAAACAACUCCGGUGGAAAAGAGCAUUGUGUCGAAACCAACGAUGUCCAAAGGACACAAUGGAACGACUUGCCCUGUUCUUAUAAUUCUCCCUUUGUUUGUGCAUCUCGUCUAAGCUGUCCGUAGAAGAUCAGAUGUUCAACAUGACUGAUUGAUAUUGGUCACAGUUCACUUGUUGUUCUGUUGUCAAGCAUUUUGGCCUCUACAAUAAAGACAUGAAUGCUCACUUGUGUGUAGACUUUGUUUGACAAAUAUUCAAUUUUGAUUAAUGUUGGCUAUUCACAAAUGGAACUCCUGCUGUUCAUCAAAGGGAGAAUUUCCACACCUUUUUUAAUCUCAAUUAAAAGAAGAAAAUGAUGAAAUGAAAACUAACCCACAGAUUUUGAGUCAGUCUGCAUUGCAAAAACAUAUUCAUGAAACAGUAAUUAAGGUCCAAGUGGGUUCUUAUCUGCCGUCAAAUUAUAACAGGUCGGAAUCGUAAAUCUUUUUUUUUUUUUCAGGAUCCAUGGACAGACCUG